GUAUGGAGUAAUUUAAUGGCUGAUCCACAACUAUUGGGCUCUUGCCAAGGGAAUUCACACAGCGUGCCCGGGAUUGAUAAGCAAUUGCAAUCAUCUACUGCCUUCAGCAGUUUCAUAACUGCGGCGAGUGAGGCACGGAAAAUUACUAACGGCAUAUUCUGGUUAGGGUUCCGUACUUCCGAGCAAUUUGCGGAUACGGACCUGGAGCAUUUCCAGAAAGCUGGUGACUUGAUCGUAAUUGAUACUGAAGAAAAAGCGAUGGAAGAUCUUGCUUGCCAGGGGGAAGAGGAGCUUGCACCAGAAGUAAAGAGAAAGAUGGAAAGAAAACUUAAGAAGGAGCGAAAAAAGGAAGAAAGACGGUUAUUGCGGGAAGCUGGUGUGUCAGUGGAAAAGAAGAAGCCCCAGAAGGCAUUAGCUUGCGACCUUGCGUUAAAAUAUCUGAGAAUGUGGUCUGAAAAACACAAGGAAUGGAGAUUUCAAAAGAUAAGACAAACUUGGCUUUUGCAGCACAUGUAUGACUGUGACCAGAUUUCUGAUGAGCACUUUACUCUGCUUCUGGGUUAUUUGGAAGGACUGAAAGGAAAUGCUCGCGAUCUAACCAUUCAGAAAACGGAGGCACUGAUUAAGGAAUCUGACUCUACAGAUGAUCCCACUGUGUUCAGCCAAGAGAAGAUUGAACGCAUGCGGCAAGUCCUCCAGAUUUUAUCUUGAAGCUUUGUGAUUAUCUCUCCGUUCAGUGAAGUUUCGCUAUCCCUAGCAAUGGAGAAUUUAUAUUCAGAUGGAGUUUAUGCAGCUUUUUAAAAAGAAUCUUUAUUUGAAUACUCUGCUGAAAGGUGUUUUCUGAAAGUUUGAUUUCUAAUUUCAGUGUAUGUAAUAAAGUUUACUUUUGUACUG